CAGUCACUUGAUAUUCAUUCAUCUCCUCGGCCAAAUUUAUUCGCCACAAAGUUUAGCAAAGUUCAAGAGCUGAGGCUACAACAAUGGAGGCUCAAACUGCAAGGCGCAGAAUCAGCACAAUCGCUGCUCACUUCGCACCCAUUGAUGAUGUAUCUGCAACUCACGUACUCCCCAUGAACUGCAGCAGUAGUUUAAACUCUGUGGCUAGGCGGGACAAUAAAAUGUAUUUUGCGCGGCAAGCAUCUGCUUCUCAAACUAGGUUCAUGAGGCAGGCUUCGAUUAAAGAGGUUACUGCAAAUGAAAGCUUUUACAAUACUUCUGAAGCUCCGUUGUUCUCUCAACCUUCGAGGAUAGGACCAAACUUACCAACUACAGAAAUGAUCCAAAACCUGGCGCAAGGUAGCGUAUUAACUGCUCCCGAGCCUAAGUUUGCCAGACCAAGCAGAACAGUAAGUGGAGAGAAACAUCUAUAUUCCAAGAAGAAAGUACACUCUGCCGAACCAAAUGGAAUUGAGUGGUCCCCGAGAAUGGAUAUUGCAGAAUCAGAAUGCAACUAUGUUAUAACAGUUGAAAUUCCAGGUGUCAAUAUCAAAGAUAUUAGAGUGGAGAUCGAUGAUCAAAAGUUGACUGUAAAAGGUAAACGCUCCACCUGGUUCUGGAAAGUGGCAGGUUGUUCAAAUGAUUCUGUUCCUACAUACCAUAAAAGAGAGAUUUCACAAGGGCCUUAUGAGGUUGUGUGGCCGCUUCCUCCUAAUGUGAACAAGGACAGUGUCUCUGCUGAUUUUUUGGAUGGUUUCCUACAAAUUAUCGUUCCUAAACUUUGAGAAGCAUUUGGUGGCCAAGGCAUUCUCAUUAUCAGAUCAGCAAAUGACAUUAUACCUAUAAACGAUGUUCAUUAUCUCGAACAUGUACUUAUGUAUACAAAAUCAACAGUGAUUAAGUAAUCAUUCCUACAGAAAUAAAAAUAAAAAAGGGAUUGAUUGAAUUACAGUUAUUCUUCUUGGUUUCAAUCAAGUUCCUCAGUUGUGCCUGUGGCAGUUAAAAUUUCA